AUGGCGAGGCAGGGACAGCUGCAGAAGUAUGCAACUAAUAUGACUUUGAUGGCUGAGAGCCUGAGAUGGUACGGAAAGGUGGAUGCGGUAAUUGGAAGAGAGCAGGAGAUGGAGCAAUUAAUACAAGCUUUGUUGAAGAGACGGAAGAGCAACGCCUGUCUCGUCGGCGCCGCCGGCGUCGGCAAAACCGCCAUUGUUGAAGGGCUCGCUCUCAAAAUUGCUCAAGGCUCAGUUCCGGAUAAGCUCAUAGGAAAGAUGUGCAUUGGCGCUACAACGCUGGAGGAAUACACGCGAUACAUAGAAGGAGAUGCAGCAUUAAAGCGCAGAUUCGAGAGCAUACACGUGCGUGAGCCAUCGAGAGACGAAACCCUAACUAUGCUCAAGGGCGUAAUUCACAAAUACGAGACUCAUCACGGCGUCAAGUAUGCUGAAACGGCCGUCAUCUCCGCCGUCGACUUGUCCAAACGCUACCUCAAGGAACUCCACCUCCCCGACAAGGCCAUCGACCUCAUCGACAAGGCCGGCGCAAGGGCGCAGAUGCUCGGCAGGGCCCUCGUCAGCGGCUCCGACGUCGAGCACGUCGUGUCGGCGUGCACUGGGAUUCCGGUGGCCGAGGUGUCUAGCAAAGCGUCGCAGUGUCUGCUCAAGUUGGAGGAGGCUUUGAAGCACCGUGUGAUCGGACAAGAUGAGGCCGCGGCGGCCGUGAGCCGCGCCCUCCUCCGAGCUCGCGCCGGAGUCACGGAUGCGACCAAACCCAUUGGCUGUUUCUUGUUCGCCGGCCCCACCGGGGCCGGGAAAACGGAGAUGGCUAAAGUGGUUGCCGAGGAGUAUUUUGGGUGCAAAGAGGCUAUGGUGAGGCUCGACAUGAGCGAGUACAUGGAGUAUCACUCCGUGUCGCGGCUCAUCGGAUCGCCUCCCGGCUAUAUAUGCCACCAAGACGGCGGCCAGCUCACGGAGGCGGUGCGGCGGAGGCCGCACUGCCUCGUCUUGUUCGAUGAGAUUGAGAAAGCACAUCAACAGGUAUUGAAUGUGCUGCUCCAAAUUUUAGACGACGGAAGGCUGACCGACGGCAAGGGCAACACGGUUGAUUUUAGCAACACCGUUGUGAUACUAACGUCGAAUGUGGGAAACGACAUGCUCGAGCGUGCUUUCCAACCGGAACUGCUCAACAGAUUCGACGAAAUCGUGGCGUUCAAGCCGUUGCACAAGGAGCAUAUACAGGAAAUACUCGAAAUCUUGAUCCGCGAAUUCUGCGACAGAGUGGCUUCCAACAAGAAUAUUAACGUUGCGAUUAGCAAAGGAUUGAAGGAAAAGUUGGUUUCCGAAGGAUACGACAUGAGGCAUGGUGCUCGAGCUCUCAAGAGGGCUAUGGCUAGAUUGGUUGAAGAUAAGUUGGCACAUGAAAUCUUGAAUGAGACAGUGGUGGAACAAGAUUCUGUUAUCAUGGAUGUUGGUGUGAAUGAGGAGAUGGUCGUGGUCAAACAUUCCAAAUUCCAAAUUCCAAAUUAUUAUGAGAUGUGGAUUUGGAUUAUUUGUACACAACUACAAUAUCAAUGGUAG